AUGACAAUGAUGGAUCAACCUAUGGCGACAAUAUCGCAAUUGAGGCACAUAGUGAUGAAGAUCCUGUCGGAGCCCGAGAUGGUGGCACAAGGGAAGGCAUUCCGCAUCUCAAAUCACUUGGAGAUGAUUCGGGAUAGCCUUUGGGCCAUCAAUUCCUUCCUCAUGGAUGGUGCUCUUUGCGUGCUCGAGGAGCCUGAUGUGGCAGAGUGGAUGAAGGAUGUGGGUGUGGCCGUUGAAGAUGUGAAUAGCCUAUUGAAGAGGAUCUUGGACUACUGGGAUCCGAAUGAAGAAGAUGAAACAGAAAAGAAGAGGAAGAUGAACAACUUCUUUCAUCCCUUGGUCGACAACAGCAUCCAAUCGAUGAGUAGCCGUCGGUCCAUCUUACUAGAGCUCAAAGAGACAGCCUGCUUGUUGAAUUACCUAGUCAAUAGGGGGGCUGCUUUGGGCCUCUGGGUGGAGAUGAUGGAUUCGAUGGAUCCAACCCAUGAUGACUACUCUACUAUUCUCAGUGACGAGGUGAUGGGAAGAGAUGAAGAUGAAGACCAUAUAAUAGAGCUCCUUCAACAACAACAAUGUGACAAAUAUGGAAACAUACCCUUCUUCAUUGCCAUAAAAGGUGAUAAAUACUAUGGGAAGACAACACUGGCUCGCAAGAUCUACCACCACACUUGGGUGCGCCAACAUUUCCAACAUCGAAUAUGGUUGGAUGCUUCAUCUUUUAGCGAUUUCAAUAGCAACAUGAUCGCCAAAGAAAUUGCAAGAUUAUUGACCGGGAAGCCAUGUGCAAACAUCAAUUGUUGGCCACUUAUCAAUGAACAUCUUCAUGGAGAUAGAUACUUGCUCAUCUUGGAUGACGUUGAUGUAAGUGGUGUUUUGAAAUACAAAUGGGAGCAACUUAAGAUGAAUCUCAUUCAUUAUGGUACACCGGGGAGCAAAGUCAUCCUCGCUGGGUAUACUUUUCACGGAAUUGAAAGAGACUUCAACGUCACGGAAUACAAAAUAAACCAACUGCCCAAUGAUGCAUGGGUAAGAAUAUUAUUAAGGUAUGCAACAUUUGUCUAUCCAAUCGAAAGUAAUAACAAUAUUCAUAAAGAGAAGGUCGCUCCUGUUGCUAUUGAUUUUCUAAUUCCACUUGUUGAGAAAUAUAGCCAAAAUUGUCUAGGAGCAAAGUGUAUGGGCCUCAUGUUUAGUUGGAGAGACAUGACUCAGGGGCAAGAACUAGCUAAUCAGCUAUACAACUUUGAUGAUUUCCCAUACAAGUUUAAUUUAUUGUCAAUUGAGGAGAUACGAAGUUCUCUUUGCAUGUUAUUGUCUGAAGGAUUUUCAUGUGAAAGUUACCAUGAAGAAGAUGUGCUCCAUAUGUUGGUUGCUGAAGGCACUCUAACAAAUACAAGGCUUAAGAGCAAUCUUCGACACAUCUCAACAAAGUUCAAUUUAGAUUUAUGUUUUUUUAAAAUGAAGGUCAGUGAAGAUUCAAGUAUCCCACCGCAAUGCCGCCAUCUGCAUUUACUUAUGGAUUCUAAAAAUAUUUUAAAAUCUAAAAAAGCCAUUGAAAAGGCUGGGAUAGCCAAUAAGCUGAGAAGUUUGGCUUUGCAUAGGGAAGAGAAAAAGGAGCCUAUUAGUCAGAUAGAGACGAAGAGACUUGAAGGUAUGUUUUUAAAUCUCAGGCAUUUAGGUACAUUACAUAUGAGAGCCAUCAUGAUUGAAGACCUCCCUAGUUCAAUUUGCACGUUGCAUUGCUUGAGAUACCUCAACUUUGCAGAGAAUAAGAUAGAAACACUACCGGAAUCUCUCUGUAACCUGAGUAAUUUAUGUGUUCUAAUUUUAUCACUUUGCAAAAAACUUAAGGAGCUUCCAAGACGAAUCCACAAGCUUAGAAAAUUGCAGAUUUUGAAACUGACAUGCUGCCUGAGGAUUCAUAAGUUGCCAGAGUCAAUCACUCAACUCCUGAAUUUAAAAGAAUUAGAUGUUGGAGGUUGUUGUUGGCUUUCGAAAAUGCCUGAUGAUUUGAGCAACAUGAAGAACUUGGCGCAACUUAAGAUGCAUGGAUGUGCAUCAUUGACUAGAAUGCCUAGUGGAAUUAGACAAUUGACAAACUUGGAAGUAUUGUGGGGAUAUGAUGCUAUAGAUGGCCUUGGAAAUGUUAUGUUGUCAGAGUUGCAAGCUCUUACAAAUCUUGAAUCCCUGCAUAUACAACACCUUGAAAGACUAGUAUCAGCAGAAGUAGAAGAAAAGGAUAUUACCCCACCCACUAUUUUACAGGAGAAUCAACAUGUAAAUGAGUUGAUGCUGCAUUGGCAAUGGUGGAAUGACAUGGUUGCUGAAGGAACUUUCAAGCUCACACUCCAGCUAACCCAAGGCUUCUACCGUAACCUAGAAGAGUUGAAGGUCUUGCGGAUCGUUUCGUACAUGAGCAAAAAACUCCCAAGUUGGUUGAUCAAGGACGGAGAUUCUGCUCUGAAUAGAUUGACCACUGUACAUCUAGUUAAUCUCAGGAGAUGUGAGAGACUACCACCGCUUGGACAACUACAUCAGCUUGAGGAGGUUGCAAUAAGUGGCUUUGAUUCAGUGAGAGUAAUAGAUGACGACUUCUACGGGCGGAUGCCCAAAGCUCAGGGAAUUCCAUGUCCAAGAUAUAAUCAUGUUUCGUUGAAACUGUGGUUGAGCAAUGAGCUGCUGAUGCCUACCUCUAAAUUCAAUGAUUGGGAGAGCCUCUGGGGAAUCCGUACGUUGCAAAUAUUUGGGUCUCAAGAACUGAGGAGUCUAUCAGAUAGUUUAAGGAAGAUCCCCAACCUAGAGAAAUUGGCAAUAAUAAAUUGCAACAAAUUGGAGGCUUUGCCAAUUUGGCUCGUAUGGAAAUUAAGUUUGAAGUCCCUGUGCGUCUAUGGUUGUCCGAUGCUGGCAAUCAUUCCAGAGGGAUUGAGAGUCAAGGGCCGACUAACAAAUUUAAUUGUUGAAGCUUGUCCCAAACUGCAGAGCCAGAAAUAUCUUCCAGAUAAAUGGGAUUAUUUUCGCUGA